CUUGGGGGGUUAGCAGCAGCAUUUGCGCUCCAGAAAGCGGGGCAUAGAUGUACGAUACUCGAGCAAGCACCGGCGAUAGGCGAGGUUGGGGCUGGGAUCCAAGUGACGCCGAAUGUCAGUCGGAUCCUGCUGAGCUGGGGCUUGGGACCGCAGUUGGAGAGGACGGCUGUCAUCCCUGGGGCGAUCGUAUUCCGCAGAUGGACGACAGGGGAGCGGGUUGGAUACACGAGCUGGGCGGAUAUCACGAAGACGCACGGAGCGCCUUACUGUCAUGUCCACCGCGCCGACUUCCACAAGAUGCUCUACGACCUCGCCCUGGGUGCGGGAGUCACCAUCCGCCUCGGGAGUCUAGUGACGUCCAUCGACCCCGACACGCCUAGUGUCACCCUCCGGUCUGGCGAAGUUCUGCCAUGCGACCUGCUCGUCGGCGCAGACGGGGUGAAGAGCGGGAUCAGGCAAGUGAUCGUCGGUUCACCGGACGCGCCCGUGCCUACCGGUGACGCCGCUUAUCGCGCAACGAUCCCGACGUCUCUGAUGUUGUCUGACCCCGAGCUGGCGGGAUUCGUCCAAACCCCGGAGAUGACGGCGUGGAUGGGCCCUGGGAGACAUAUUAUGGGUUACUGUAUUCGGGGUAAGAAGGAGUAUAAUCUCGUCCUCCUCCAUCCGGAUGACGGAAGCGUGGAAAGCUGGACUGCAGAAGGGAGCGCGGAUAAGAUGCGGGCAGACUUUGAGGGGUGGGAACCGAGGAUCCAGAAAUUGCUUGCGUUUGUCCCUUCGACUCUCAAGUGGAAACUUAUGGACCGCGGCCCGCUGGAGACGUGGAUCCACAAGAGCGGCAAGGUAGUGCUCUUGGGUGACUCGUGUCAUCCUAUGCUUCCAUACCGCGCACAAGGCGCUGCCAUGGCUGUCGAAGACGCCGCCGUCCUAGGCAGUCUCUUCACCCACCUCUCCUCCCCCUCCCAGAUCCCAUUCUUUCUCCAAGCCUACGAGCAGCUCCGGCACGCGCGGUGCACCGACACCCAAGCACAAGCACGUUUAAACCAGAAGAUCUUCCACCUCCCCGACGGUGAGGCGCAGGAGACGAGAGACGCGGAUAUGUGCCGGGCUAUGGAGGCGGAGCUGAGUGGGGAAGCGCUGGAGGCUGAAGGGAGUCAGAAUCAGUGGGCGGAUAGGAAGAAGAGCAGGGUGCAGUUUGGGUAUGAUGCUGAGGGGGAGGCGGAGAGGUGGUGGAACGAGGAAGGGAAGCAGGACCUUCAGAGGUUGCAAGAGCUGAAGCUGAAGGAGCUAGAGAAUGUGCAGGAGGAACAGGCGCAGCCGCACGAGAAAGCUGAAGGGAUUGAGAUGGAGACGGUGGUGAACGAGCCGGAGAAAGAGCACGAACAGGAAAGAACACAUGAACCGGAACGAGAGAUUGAACAGGCGCAGGAACAAGUGUAA